GGAGGACGCUGCCCCUCUGUAUUUGCUAAUGGAGAGAACUGGAUCAGGUAGCUCAAGCUGUUGAAACUAACUGCAGAAAAGUGUUUUCUAGGAGAACUUCUAAGUGCCUUUGAAAAUAUCUCCCUACUAAAGGAAAGAAGGGAAGAGGAGGAUGAUCAUAAUAUGUAUGAGUAUUCUACUUUAUAUACUAUAUUAAAGAAUCUAUACAAGAUAGAACAAAAUUAAUGUAUAAACUGGGGCCUCAGAAAAACCAAAUAACCAGCUCUGUUAACACCUCUGGAGCUGCAGCAGUGCUGAAUGAAUCCCUAGCUGCCUUCCAGCACUGGGAAUAUCUAAUACUACCUGUGUAAAGAUGCAGUUAUGACACUUGGUGUUUGUCCUCAUAUGAAUGUUGUGCCCACACUGCUUUAAGAAAAAGUGCCAUGUGACUGAUUUCCCAGUGGUACUGGCAGUUUCCUCCUGGAUCUGGCAGAUCACAUGCAGCUGCUCAGAGUAUUUUUUAGAGGUGAAAACUCCAUGCAAUAUCAAAAUCUGGAAAUUAAAUAAUAAAUUAUUAAAAUUUAUAAAUAAAUAAAAUCUGGAAGUUAGAUAGCUAAUCAUUGGGGGGGCUUCUCUUUCUUCCCUUUUUAAAGGGGACUUUAAUCCUGGUCUAAAAGUUAAUUUCUGUAGAAAGCAAACUAUUAUCCUUUCAUUAGCUGUAGUUCUUUGUCUAAAGAACCUCCUCAUUCCUGACUCAGUCAAGUUAAUUUCUUUCCAGAGCUUGGGAUGGCUUCAACUUGGCAGAAAACUCAGGAAUUCUACAACUGGAUUCUUGAAAGUGGAGAUCCAAGGACAGACCCGUGGCCACUGGUUUACUCCCCACUUCCAGUCACCCUGAUCUUCACCUCCUACCUCUUCAUGGUGGCACUGGGACCGUCCUGCAUGCGGCAGCGGCAGCAGCUGGAGCUGAGGGCUCUGCUACUCACCUACAACCUGGCCAUGGUGGCGUUAUCCAGCUACAUGUUUUAUGAGUUUCUGGUCACUUCAGUCUUGGCUAACUACAGCUACCUGUGCCAGCCAGUGGAUUACAGCCGGAGUGAGCUGGGAAUGAGGAUGGCAAGAGUGUGUUGGUGGUUCUUCUUCUCCAAAGUCAUCGAGCUGCUGGAUACGGUUUUCUUAAUUCUGCGCAAGAAACAAGAGCAGGUGACUUUUCUGCACGUGUACCAUCACGGCUCUAUGCUCUUCAACUGGUGGUCAGGGGUCAAAUAUGUGCCUGGAGGACAAGCCUUCUUUGUUGGGAUGCUGAACUCCUUUGUCCACAUCUUCAUGUACGGCUACUAUGCCCUGGCCAGCCUGGGACCGCGGAUGCGCCAGCACCUGUGGUGGAAGCGUUACCUGACCAUCCUGCAGCUGUGCCAGUUUGUGACCAUUGCUGCUCAUUCCUCCUACAACCUCUUCACAGAGUGCCCGUUCCCUGAUGGCUUCAACACCGCAGUCUUCCUCUACAUCCUCAGCCUCCUGGCUCUCUUCCUACGCUUCUACUAUCAGACCUACGCCAGGGGAAAGCGGGAAAAGCUGACUUGAAGGAAAUCAAAGAGGACAGAGAGCACAGCCUGAUGAACAUGAGCAUUCUCUGCUGCUUGUGACAUGGUUCCAGGAAGGAAAUGUAUCUGGGGAGUGUGUGUGAGGCCCGUGUCUAGCCUUCAAAUAUCCCAGGCUAGGGAGAAGAAAGGAAUGAUGUAAACUCAGGGAUUAAGGAACUGAGGAGGCACACUUAAUUAAGCUAAGGCCAAGCGAAGCAAAGUAGUCACAAGCAUAGCAGGCUUUGGGACAUUUGCAAGAUAAGGUCUUUAUAAGGUCUUUUUCCCUUCCAUCUUUAACUUGGGGUCCAAGGUCUAGCAGCCAGCUACAACUCCCUGCCUCAUUUCUUAGGCUGUAGAGGGUUUCAUUGCAUCCACAGAACUAUCUCAGCUUGUUGUUGUAGGUCAGGCAGGGUCAUGUGCCUCCAGCUUGGAAAUCAAUGUCCAGGUAGCAGCAGCAGCCAAGAAUCCACAGGAUGUACGCUGCAUCCCACCCGUCCUGCUAAGGAAGCUCCUACUAAGCCUGGGGUGGUCCUGAUGGUUUAACUUCUUACCAAUAUAAGCAGCAAGGAAAUUGGACAUUAGGUUGUCUGGCUGGACAGGUGUCUUCACUGUCCUGAAGCUAAAGAAGGCAUUAUUAGCACUUUCAUCCUAAUAAGAAACCAGUGCAGUAAGAGUCACCAUGUCCCAUUUUCUGGAAUGCUCAUUUCCCUUUGGUUGCUCUCAUACCAACAGAGGAUUUUAAUGCAUGAAGAUACUUGGUAUUGCUCCUUGUAGAUGCCAUAAUUGAACUAGAAGGAAUAGACUGAUGUUCCCUCUUCAUAACUUUUUUCUCCAAUCUGUUAUUAUUUUUAAUACUGUUAUUUUUAAAUUUUGCUUCUUGUCAAACAUGAAGAGUUUAACAACACCACAAGCAACCACCUCCACUACCUAAUUGUAUAAGAAUUAAUACAAAAUGUAUAAAAUCAAUUCAUCGGGUAGUGCAAAGCUGCAUAGCUCCAUUGAUUUUAAGAUAUCACUAACUGGCUUCUUUUUUUUGCUCCUAAAUCAACUACAACUACAAUUUGGCACUCAUAUUCAUCUGCAGACUACUAAAUACUGUUGAAGUUCUGAUGUGAUAGUACUUUGAAGAUCCUAAUUAAACUACAAAGUGGUAAUUAUUGAUUGACUCUGCUCAGCUGAUUAAAACUGGUACUACAGAGUAGUAGUAUUUUGUAAAACACAAAGGUGUUGAAGGAGAGGAUUGGAAUCAGUGACAUGAUGCACUGCCAUUGCCAAGUCAAAUCCAUCUCAAAUAUAAAAAAAGUCUAACUCCUCUGGGAAUGUCCAGAGGACUAGAUCUGGCCUGAACAGCAAAUGGAUGUACCCCCAAAAGACCUGUGUGCCCUUCACCAAUCUGGAGUCGAGUGGCUACAAAAAAUAAAUUCAACUUGUUCUUUGCAGGUCUGUGCUCGCAUCCCAAUCCUUUCCUUCAGCCCCUCCACACACACGCGGAAGCUAAAACAAUAUUCUGCCGUUCCUCACCCUCCUCCCCUUCACACACAGCCACUAAGGACUUGUUCACACUGUCACAAGGUCACAUCAUCAGCGUCCUUCCUUUGAUUUGAGCGGUCUCUCUUCUGCUUGUGACUGGUGAGUAUGAGAAUCACUGCAUCCGUGCUGGGGAAGAGGAAUCCACCACCUUGGUUUUCUUCCUGUCAACUAUUUUUCCUUGCAAAUAAAUUAAUAAAUAAUGACACUUUCAAAUACUGGACUUCUUCUUCUGUUAGAAUUUUUACUAGCAAAUCCCUGGAUGAGUCUUUCAUUCCUCCCCUUGUUUGGAAAGACAGGAAAACGGGAUCUACUGUAAAUCUAACAUAUUCAUGUGGAGGGUUUCC